AUGAUCGUCUUCAUGGCGAUAUCUCUUUCUGUUGUUGAAUGGAUGCCCUUGAUAAAGCCGUCUUUGUUCACCUCCCCUCCCUGUAUUUUCAAGUCUGCCCAUGCAAUACGCGGAAAGUUCACUGACUCUUCCCCUUCCAAUCUCAUUCUCAUCCGGUUUCUU